GGGAGGGCCUUGAUGAACGAAGUUCUUCUAACAUAGCAUAACAUCUUUCACUAAAUCAGAAUAACGAAGAAGUUGAGCGUCCAUCAUGUUGUGCAACACUGAACCUGGAGCCUGUUGAAUUAACCGUUCCAUUUGAAACGUAAUUUUCAUAAUAUUAAAUGCUACUGUGUAUUUCUGCAAGAAAAAAUACAAAGCGAAUAUUUCAUUGGUCGGGAGAACGAUCGGAACAGAGGGAAGUUUCAUUAUCUCCAGAUGAUCUUUUAUAUUAUCUAAAGUUCACCGAUUCCUGACGACAUCUACUCUUUACUGCAGAAAGAAAUUUGCUUUCAUCUCUUCAUUUAUGACGAUUUUUUUUUAAAGAUUGUAAGAUCGGAUAUUUUUUGACUAUCCUCUACAUGUCGUGUGAGUCAAUACGAUUGCCAAAUUAGGUAUUUUACAAAAUAUAUCAGCGCAGAUAAAUCAUAAAAUCUUGAUUUCGGUAAAACUGUCUCUCGUGAAAUUUUCUACAAGAAUAGUAAUGAAAAAAUCUCAAACAAAAAUGAAAGUAACAUCAAGAAAAGUUUUCUUUUUAUUUCAAACAAAAUUUUUCAGGAUAUUAUAAUAUUUUGUCCUCGAUCGAGUAAUAUGUGAGCAUUAGCAGAGCCAUUGUGAUUAAAUCGUUGUAUCAAACGAUGAAUUAUGAAUGUUAUUGUCAUUGUUUCGUUCGCAAUAAUCGAACAUUUCACCAUCUUGCUGGAAUUCAUUUUUAGCUUUAGAAAAAAAUCAUCAGAACAAUCCAAUAGGAUUUUUCCUUGUUAUUCUUGCAGAGAAUUUAACAGCACAUGUAUUUUAAAAAUUUAAAAAUUCUAUGAUUGAUCUAUGCGAAGAUGCUUCCACAACCGAUGUGGAUACGUUAUUUUCUCAAGUCAUUGAAAAUAAUUUUUCUCUCCUAAAAGCUAUCAUUUUCAAUUAAAUGUAGUUGAGUUGGGAAUGGUUUAGAUUACAAAAUGAAAGAUUUAGUUGGGACUUUUUGCGUUUUGAAGAAGCAUAUUUAUUGUGUAAAAGAAAUGACUUGAAUAACAACUUUUUUCAAGUCAUUGAUUCUGGAACGGCAAUUUGGUUUAUAUAAUGUACAAAAACCUUAAUAAAAUAUGUGAUUUUGUAGGCCGAACAUUUCUAAAUCUGAUCACCUUCAUUUGUAAUUAUAUUCUUUAGAGCAGUCAUCCUAUUCUGCGACGGUGAAUAUUGCGGAAUCAGUUCCAAAUUCCAGGAACUCGAUUGAUACUCGAGAUCAUAGCCACAAACGACACUUAUCGAGUUCCAGCAAUUCUCGGAAUUCCGCGGAAUCCUUUCUCGACCUGAUUUUCGGAAUUCUAAGAAUUCGGUCAAGACGACAUUACUAAGAAUUUCACAAAAUUCAUAGUAAUUUCGUCUCGACCGAAUUCCUGGAAUUCCGUCAUCAGAUUACUGAGUUAUACCUCAGAGACUAGACCAAACUAUAAUGGGUGAGGAUGAAGGCUGAAAGCAAUUUCGUGACGAAAUUCCAGGAAUUGGAUCAAGACAUAACUACAUGAAAUUACUAGGAACUUCUAGUGAUUCUCAGUAAUUCUGUCUCGAUCUAAUUCCCGGAAUUCUGUCCUAGAAUUACUUGGAUAGGUCAAGACAAAAUGACUAGUAAUUUCAUGUAAUUUAGAAAAUUGCUGGAACUCGAUAAACUUCGUUUCUGGGAAUGAUAUCGUAUAUUGAUCGAGCUCCGGAAUUCCAUGGAACUGAAUCUGCAAUCGUCUUUUUUCUCUCAUAAAAACCAACUGAAACUAAUUAAUAUAUGUAAAAUGAGAUAAAAUAAUCUCCAGCAUAUCUUUUUCUCGUAUAGUUUUCAAUUGUUCCUGACAGCGCAUAUUAUCAAAAUGAUCGUAUACCAUUUUUUGUUUCAAUACUUACUUUUUAUCUUCUAUAAAGAAUUCGUUACCGUGAUAGUUUUAUUAUACCACCAUGUGAUAUAACAGAUGAUAGUGAUAAUGAUAUUCUUCCUAAUUCAUUAACAAUAAAUAAAUCAAGUGAAAUAAUUGGUCCAACAUACCUUGAUACACUUAAUAAGAAUUAUAUUUAUUAUCUUAUAAAACGUGCAUCAAUAUUUUCACCAUUAUUUCGUUCAUUUCUUUUUAAUCGUUUAAACAUAUGUUGUCCAUUAUUACAUAAAUCUCAAUUUUUAAAUCAUAUGAAUUCUAUAAAAAAAUCUUCGUCUUCGUUCUUUAUAUGAAGAAAUAUUCUAAAAUCGAACAUUUCUUACACUUAAACAACAUUGUCGAUUAUCCGCCAGUUUACACUCCAGCAUAUCGUGUUUCAUACAAGGACGAACAGGUACAACGAGAAGAAAUAGACAAAUUAUUGAAGGAAGGAAUAAUCGAAGAAUCCAUAUCUCCGUGGUCAUCACCUAUAGUAUUGGUACGAAAGGUGGAUCAGUUAGAUUCUACAUUGACUUUAGAAAAUUAAACAAUAUUAUUACGAAAGAUGCAUUUCCAAUACCAUGAAUUGAUGAUAUUUUCGAUCAUUUAUCACAAGCUGAAUAUUAUACCACAAUCGAUUUUAAAUCUGGUUAUUUUCAAGUUGGACUUGAUACAAAAGACC